AUGUGUCUGGAACGAGACAGAAAACAACCAAGUGCAUGGUGUUUUGCCCUCGACAUUAGUAAAGCUUCAAAAUGGGAUUUUUAUGUUCUCUUUAUUUUAGAACAUAUUGUCUGUGAAGAUGAACUCAAAUAUGCAUUAUUAGCAAAUAAUUGUUUAUGUCCUGGAAUAUCGACAUUUGUAACACUCUUACUUCACACAUCAUUACGUGGUCGAGAAGGACAAGAUGCUAAAGAAUCGUGGCAAAAACUUUAUGGACGAUUAUCAGGCAAUCAAAUUUAUUCGAUAAAAGUGAAACAUAGUAAAUUUUUUAGUUCAUAUGUGGGACGACCAUUUGUUCAAGUAUCGCUUAAUUGUCAUAGAAAAUAUGGAAUUUGUUUGGUUGCUGUGCAAGAAGAUCGAUCCAAUACAACUAUCAUGUUAAAUCCAGGCAGUGAUUAUAUACUAAAAGAGACGGAUACAUGUUUUUAUAUGAGUAUUAUUAAAGAAGAAAAUUUUGAUUGGUCAAAUAUGACAACAAAAAAAACAUUUGCACUACCGACAGUUGAAGAGUUAUGCAAUUCUCUAAGACCAAAUGGACCCGAACUAGCACUCCGUCGAUUAGCAACCUUAAAAGGAUUGAAUACAAACGAUAAUUAUAAACAACGUACAUUUGAAGAAGAAAAACGAAAUUUAUUAAACGUCAAAUCAUUUCCGUUAAGAUCGACUGAUAAUCAAGAUUUAGAUCUGAUUGUUGGUUUUCCACAAAAUCCUCCUUAUAUUGGAAGUUUUCCUGCAUUAUGCAUGAUGCUAAGGAAACCAAUGCCCUUAUGUUGUCUGCAAUUAAUUCGAUCGUGUGAACAUGGAGAAUAUAGUCAAGCAUCUGAUUAUCAUUGGUCAAAUAGUUGUAUAAUUGUAUUUGCAAGUCAAGCUACCUCUGGUUUAUUCAAUUUUAUAUUACCAUUACGAUCUCAUAUGAGAACAAAAAUGUUUCUGAAACCCAUCGUCCUGCUUCUGGAAGAAAGACCAACAAAUGAAUUUUUGGAAACAGUUAAUUGCUUUCCUUUAGUCUAUUGGAUUCAAGGAUCAAUUACAAAUGUUGAUACGUUGCUAAAAGCCGGAAUUCUCGAAGCAGAAACUGUAGUAGUUGUUAAUAAAGAAAAUAAUGUACUUACUGAUGAAGAAUCAUUAAGUGAUUGCUCAACGAUCGUUGCCGUCCAGUCAAUGUUCAGAAUUUUUCCUGAUAAAACUGUUGUUGCUGAAUUAAGUAAAACGACAAAUAUGCGUUUCUUAAAAUUUCGUGCCAAAGAUACAUAUGCACUUAGUAUGGCACAAAAUGAAAAAGAAGAACAAGCAAAAGGCUCAACUAUGUCCUACAUCUUUCGAUUACCAUUUGCUUCUGGCAAUACACGAAAUGAAAUAAUGCGUAUGGUUAGACGACGAAUGGUUCAACUUGGUAUCACACAAAACUAUGAACAAAAACCUAUUGAUAAUGAAAAAUUUGCGUUUGUUCUCAUGAAUCCACCCGAUGAACUAACCUUACAAGCUGGAGAUGUUAUAUAUCUAUUAAAACCUGGUAGAGAGAUUCAAUUAGAAAUAAAUUCAGACAAUUUAUCACGAAUAUCUGAAAAUUCACAACUAUUACCGGAAGGCAGCACGGAUGUGAUAGACCAUCAAUUAGUUAUGGACGAUGAUAAAAGAGCAAUCGUUGAAUGGGAAUCAUCCACAACUAAUCAGCAACAACAGAUAAAAAAUGAUAUGUCAACAUAUUUUGAAUCAAAAGUGCGUGAAACAUGUUCAACACCAAUAAAAUGUAUCGAUUCAAUAAGUUCACAUGAUAUUUACAUACCUGGAAUUUUUCACCUGGAAUCAAAAGUGGAACAACAACAAAAACAAAUUCAAGAACAACGAGCGCAACAAGAACGGCGACAAGAAAGUCAGAAAAAACAACAGCAGAUAGAUGAUGUUGGACAGGGAGGUUGUGGGGAUGGCGAUUUUUAA